AUGAGAUUCAUUGGAGAAAUAACCAACGAUGAAAGCACUCAACCUGCUACAGCUUAUUCCCACCCAACCACUGCGGCAAGCUACACUGUUCAGCAAGCUCCUGGGGUGGCACAUACUGUGACGCCAUCUUAUGCUCCCACAGUGCAGGCUGCCAGGCCAGUUGCAACUGCUGCCUAUGGAGCAUACCAAUCGCAUUCAGGACAGGACUAUGGUUAUGGAACUCGGCAGCAGGAACCUCCCCCCCAGCCUACUACAACACCAAACUACCAGGAAUUUCAUAUACAGGAUGGUUACAGUUAUGGACGGUCUACAUCUGCAAGCUGCUAUGAGAGCAAACAGUACUACCAGCCAGUUGCUACCCAGCCUCAACACACUGCCACAGACUCGUACUACCAGUCAAGCUCCAAAGGUGGCUACAGUCAAUCUAGUGGUAUUUAUAGUCAGAGCCAGCCACAGAGACAGGUGACUACAAUUAAGCCAGUUCAAACAGUGAGCGCCACAUCUUCAAGCUACAAUGCCUACCCAACAGUAACAACUGUUCAGCAGAAUGCAUCUGUCUCCUCCAUCUCCUCGUACACCCCCUCCUCUUCAUACAACUCCACUUCUGCAUCAUACUCUGGGUCAAAUUACUCCAGCUAUGAUGCCACAGCAUACACAGCAGCUAGCACUUACUAUCAACCACCUCAGCAGCCCCAGGCCCAGCAUCAGCAGCCGCCACCCCCGCCACAGCAACCGAAAUCUACUAGCUCUUCUUCAUGGAGCAGCACAGUGAACAGCACCACCACCAACUCUAGCAACAGCUUCAGCAAAAAAACACCUUUUCAAAACAAACAGCUGAAACCCAAAGGGCCCCCUAAACAGCCUCAGCUUCACUACUGUGAUAUCUGCAAGAUCAGCUGUGCUGGUCCACAGACUUACCGGGAGCACUUGGAAGGACAAAAGCACAAAAAGAAGGAGGCAGCUCAGAAGACAGGUAACCUGGCAAACUGUGGCCCUCGUGGGGUGCAGACUCAGCUUCGAUGCGAGCUCUGUGAUGUCUCCUGUACAGGAGCAGAUGCAUAUGCAGCACAUAUCCGGGGAGCGAAGCAUCAGAAGGUUGUUAAAUUGCAUACUAAAUUGGGGAAGCCCAUCCCUUCAGUAGAGCCUGUAGUAGUGAACUCUGGUUCAGGUCCUACCAUCGCUGCAGCAAGUAAGCCAGCUGCCCAUGCCUCGACAGCUACAUCUGUUACACCAACAAAACCAGCAGCUGUAGCAACUAACAGUGCAAGCAACAUAAGCAAGCCAGUGCCAGUGAAGAAACCUGUUGCAUCCAAGAUAACAUUUUCAGGGACUAAUAAACUUCAGGCAACAAGCAUCAAAUUGGAGGAAGUGAAGGUGAUGCAACCAAAAUCAGAGCUACAAAAUGAACAGUCCACGCAUGAUGGCUCUGGGGAUGGCCCAGGGGGUUUAUUUGACGUACAACCUGUGGGACAUGACUAUGUGGAAGAGGUUUGCAAUGAUGAAGGAAAAAUGAUCCGGUUUCACUGUAAGCUCUGCGAGUGCAGUUUCAAUGAUCCUAAUGCCAAGGAUAUGCACCUGAAGGGGCGUAGGCAUCGGCUCCAGUACAAGAAGAAAGUAAACCCAGAUCUACCAGUUGAGAUCAAGCCCAGUAACCGAGCUCGGAAAAUGCACGAGGAGAAGAUGAAAAAGCAGAAACAGAAGGAUAUGAUAAAGAGACGCAGAGAGGAAGAGCAACGUUGGCACAUGGAAAUGAGGCGCUAUGAAGAGGAAAUGUACUGGCGGCGGGUAGAGGAAGAGCAGUUAUACUGGGAAGAGCAGCGGCGUCGGAUGGCUGCAGACUGGCAUCCACCCCCACUUAUGGGCAGACCUGGCAUGCCAGUUCCUCCUCUCUUGCCUACUAGACGUCCCGACUCUUCUGAUGACCGUCACAUCAUGACAAAGCACUCUAGCAUCUACCCAACAGAAGAGGAGCUGCAGGCCAUCCAGAAGGUCGUCUCCCAUUCUGAACGUGCUCUUAAGCUCGUCUCUGAUUCAUUGACAGAGCAAGAAUCUGACAGAGAAGAAGAUGAUGAAGAGAGGGGGAAAGCAGAAACUGCACCCCGAAUUCUGAAAGGUGUAAUGCGAGUUGGCAUUCUGGCAAAAGGGCUUCUGCUCCAAGGAGACAGGAAUGUUCAUCUUAUCCUACUCUCUGCCCAGAAACCUACACACACCCUCUUAAAGAACAUCACAGAGCAGCUGCCCAAGCAGCUUUCAACGUUAACUGAAGAUGAGUAUGAAGUUUCAUCCGGUGCUGAGGAAGCAAGUAUACUCAUCUGUUCAUGCAAGGAACCAAAAAUGCAGGUCACAAUUUCAGUCACAUCUCCUCUCAUGAGAGAGGAUGCUUCUGCUGACGAAGAAGCAGCAGCAGAAUCUCAGCCUGACCCCUGUGAUAUUUUGAGUCAACAGAAAUGCCUAGAGUCAUUGGCUGCCCUUCGUCAUGCUAAAUGGUUCCAGGCUAGAGCUAACGGUUUGCAGUCAUGUGUGAUUAUCAUCAGGGUUCUGCGAGAUCUUUGCCAGCGUGUACCAACAUGGGGGGCACUUCCAGAUUGGGCAAUGGAACUUCUUGUAGAAAAGGCUUUAAGUAGUGCAACAAGUCCGCUAAGUCCUGGAGAUGCCAUGCGCCGAGUUCUUGAAUGUGUAGCCACAGGAACACUCUUGAUGGAUGGACCUGGGCUACAAGAUCCCUGUGAGAAAGAUGAAAUGGAUGCUCUAGAGACUAUGACCAGUCAGGAACGAGAGGAUAUUACAGCCAGUGCACAGCAUGCUUUAAGGAUGCUAGCUUUCAGGCAGAUACACAAAGUACUUGGAAUGGACCCUUUGCCACCUCCUAAAAAUAGACUUAAUGCACGUAACAGAAAAAGGAGACGAGACACCAGUGAGACAGCUGAGGGCGAGGGCGACGGGAAGAAGGACAAAAAAGAGGAAGAUGAUGAUGCCUAACCACUGUUGUAGCAUUUGCUGAGAUAAUGUUCACAUGACUUUAAGUUUUUAUAUAUAAAUAUGAGUUGCUGUUUAGUCUAUGACAUUUGGCAAUUUUAGUGUUUUUCCCCUUGAAAUAACGUACUGUAGAUUUGUUUUAAAUUGUGCUUAAAUCAUUACAGAAAUUGCAUCAUUCCAUAAGAGUAAAGUUGAUUAUGGCAACAGUCCCUCUCCCUCUAUUACGUUCCCUUCCUGUGCGCCGCCCCCCCGCUCUCCCUCCACUCCAAAAGAAACCCUCCCCACAGCAAAAUAGGUAGAUUGAGGCAGGCACUUUUUUUAAACUCUGGUAUUUCUUUUAAGCUUUAAAUAUGUCCCAUGACGUAAAGAAAAACACAAGUUUAUUGGGUUUGUAUCUUUAAAAAGUUGUAUCCUUGUUCACUUUAGAUGUCCAGCCUGAAAUUGGAGGCAGUUUCUUGCUGGAUCUGGAGUGUCUGUCUGAAAUUGACAAGUUUGAUUUGAUUUUUUUUUUUUUUUUUUUUUUUUGGAAGGGGAUCUUGCACUUUGUGCGCUCCCACUUUGGGGCAGUGAAGUGGGUGCUGCAUUGUAAAGAGGUACAUAAGCUGCUUGCUCAGAGCCAUUUUUGGCAAACCAGCCAACUUAUAAAUGACAGUUGGCAGUAGAAAUGACAGAGUCUGAAAUGUUUAAUUCCCUUGGAUUUAUAGUUCUCCAUUAGACACAGCACAGUGUACUUAAAAACACCCCUGUAAAACAUGCUGUCUAAAACAAAAAAAAGAGGGGGAAAAACUGGAACGGUUUCUCCUGUUUGGUAUUGUGGUUUGCAACUUUGCAUAAUUUUUUCUCUUCCGGGAAAGCAAAAAAUAUGUUCCAGUAGAGGUGACACUAUGAGUAGGGGUAAGUGCUACUCUAAACAGUCUGAAGUGGUGGUGCUAAGAAUAGGGCCAGAGUGCUAACUUUCUAAUACCUGUUACAUGACAGUAUAAUCACUAACCACAGAGAUUCUCUGCAUACCAAUGAGUGCCUUCUAAAGAGAGGUGGCCAGGACUCACACAGGGAAAAGCUGCUUUUUGUUGUUGUUGUUGUUGUUGUUUUUUUUAAAUCUGCACAGUUUAACAUCUAGUCUAUUUUUAAAGCCAGGCAUUUCUCAGCAGCACCUCUCGGAAAUAGAAAAGUUCAGGCUUUGAUAGCUCUGCUUGUUUGGGCUACCAUUCCAUAAAAUCUACUGCUGCUGAGCAAAUGAAGGGUGUCCUAGCUGCACUGACAGAAACGGGGGUGAAGGGCUUGGUCUCAGCACUUGGUGUACAGCCAGCAGGCCCAUCUGGGAAAGCUGAUAGCCUAGCGUUGGGCAGCCAGUAGUGAUUGGAUCAACCUGUUUCUAUGUGGAGGGUUUCUCAAUUGGUUGCCCAAUGGCAUUUUUUUUUUAAAAGAACUUUGAUUUUGACAAUGUUGUGUUCUAGGGUCACUUGACACGGUUCAUUUGGUUAUUUUAUGUGUGUUUAAAGGACGGCCUGUAAUGUGGCUUUAAUAUUUGAAUGUCUUUGUAGUGCUACCUGGAAAAAAGGAGAAAAAUGAAAAAAAUAAAAUAAAGGAGUUAUGCUUCCAUUUUCUAUGUAACGUCUAGUGUUUAACCAGUGAAUCCCACUAGCACAGUGGUCCCCAAACUUUUCAGG